AUGAUGGAGAUCGCCGAAGACCCGCCUCUGGGCCCACAGCCCGACGUCGACUACGAGAUGAGGAUGUCUGGCCCUUCGCACCUGCCUUUCCAUGCCUCGACGCCGCAGCAGCAGUCUUCCAGCAGCCAGCAGGACGAUGUCAUGGCCGACGAGGCCGCCGUCGCCGAGGAUAUCCAGGACGGCAUGAUGGCCGACGAGUACGAGGAGCAGUCUGGACAGGGAAUCGCCCCGUCGAACGACGCCGACGUCGAAUUCGUCGAAGAGGCGGUGCCGGCGAUGGCCGCCAUCACUGAGCCCACGGCCGAUGCGGCCCCUUCCCAGGACCCCAUGACGUUGGAGAUGCAAGCGGGGCAGGCCGAGACCAACGGCGAGUCUGCGCCCCUCCAAACCUCCGCUAGCGGCGGAGAUGUACCCGUCAGCCUCGGCGAGACUACGGCACUCGUGCCCGACGCAACGAUAGUCGACGAGGGCCCCAGUGCCGAUGAAAGGUCCGCUGAGUCGUCAGGCCCGAAUGCGGCCACAGGCCAACCAGAACCGACAUCGACAGCGCCCGACGCAUCAGCAGAAGCCACGGGUGGCUCGUCCGCGCUCGAUCCUGCCGUUGUCCCGACAGAGCUCCACGAGGUCGAUGAGCUGGCAUCCACCUCCUUCGACCAGUCUUUCGCCGACGAAGGUGCCGCCGAGCCGGACGAAGAUGCUUCGGCUCGAGACCAGGCGCAGCCCUCGAGGGCGGACGCGCCGGCGGAGAAUGGGCUGGCCGCGGAGCACGAGGCUGGCGAGGAAGACCAGCUGGAGCACAGCAUCGAGUCCGACGACGGCACUCUGCCCCCCACUGUCCGGGUCUCUUUCAACGGCCAAGACUUUGUCCUCUUCUCGCACGACGAGCCGCCCUGCUACACUGGCGCCUCCCAGGCGGCCGAAGAUACCGAGCGCGACGCGACGGCAGAGCCGACCGUCCAGGUGCCGGCGCCGAAGCUCAAGGUGGCCGACGACACCUUCUGGCAGCCGCUCGAGAGCCUGUUUGCCUCGCUGCGCGUCAAGGACUGCCUCGGCGAGUUUCUCGAGGAGGCGACGGAGCUCGUGCUCCACAUGCCGGACCUCGACCUCACGGUGCAAGAGGACAAUGUCUAUGGGCGCGAGAUCACGCUCGACGACCUCUUCCAGCUCCACCAGGGACUGGGCUACGGCACCAGCCUGCACCUGCUGAUCACCGAGGCGCAGCGCUUCAUCUCCAAGUACAAUGUGCUUGCGCAGCACGUCGCCAACCUGAUUGAGCAGGCGCACGACGAGCAUGGCGAAGCCGAGCAGUCCGGCCAGGUCGACGUGCAGGCCCACCGCCCGACGACCGCCGACGCCAACGACGAGAACGACGAGCUCGACGCCGGCGAUGCGGACGCGCACACCGCCGCGCAGGCGGUCGAAGAGAUCGUUUCUGCAGAGAACGCAGAGGUCGAAGACGACUCGCACGAGGCGUACGAGGAGGCCGGCGACGUCACGGCCGAAGCCGCUGAGGCCACAUCGGCUGGAGAGCAUGCAGAUGCGGCGCCACCCGCAGAAACUGCCGGCCCCGACCCGGAUCUAGCGGAAGAUGCAGCCGCAGCGCCCGCAUCGGAUGCUGGACCGUCGGGCACUGCAGCCCAAGCCCCUGACGGCGAGGCAGAGGCGGCAGAGCACGAAGAGGCGGACCAGACCUAUGUCACGGUCAACGAGGAAGGAGACGAGGACGAGCUCGACGAGAUUGACGAGGCGGACGGAGUCGAAGGUGCCGCUGGGGCCAAUGGCGAUGAAGCUGCGGCUGCAGCCGAUCAGACCGAGGAGUGGGACGAGCAGGAAGCGUACGAGGACGAGCCUGAAGGCUGGCAGGAAGACGGUGGAGACGACGGAUUGGCCGAAGAGGAGGAGGGCGAGUACCCGGCGACGCACGAGGUAGCGGACGGUGCUGAAGCAGAAGACGGCGCCGAAGCAUACGAGGACGAGGCGGAGGAGGAAGCCGACUUCGAGGAGGGAGAGGCGGAGGCAGAAGAGGAGGCAGAGGAGGGGGAGGCGGUAGGAGACGAGGCAGAGGAGGCAGACGAGGGGGAAGAAGAAGACGACGACGAAGAGGGCGAUGGUUCCGUCACCAUCGAUGACUCGGACGGCGCCGUCGACCAGUCCUAUGCGGAAGCUGCGACCCACGUCGGCCCCGGCGACGACGAGGAGGAGAUUGUCGAGUACGAAGACCAUACAGAGGAGCCCGCAGCGGAAGGUCCGGCCGCUCUUGGCCCGGCCGAGGCCGAGGCCGACGACAGCGUCUACGGAGAUGCGUCGGUGGCGAGCGCCGGUGCGACUGCAGCACUCAACAAGCGUGGCCUCGAAGACGACUCGGCAGGCGCAGACGAUGCCGACAGCGGCGAUACCAAGCGCGCCAGGGUCGAUUAG